UCGUUGAAAUAUUAGCUGACAAUAAUGGCGGCGCCCAUGAUGUGAAAUUUGUCGGUUUGUAAAUUAAUCUUUUUUGGCAGAAUCAGGUGAUAUUAAGAAUAGAAACUCAAGAUGACGGAUGCAUGGAAUGAGAUACAAGCAUUAAAAUCGAAACAGAGCAGCUUUAGAGCUAAAUUAGCCGCCAGGAAAAAGGAACGAGAAGGUCUUGUCGCUGAGAUAUCGAAAUCGACAACUUCCCCGAGUGUCCCGUCUUCAAAACCGUCAUCAAGUGGAACUGAAUCUAAAGCAGAAGCACCCAAGAAUCUGAGUUCUGGUCAAUCACCUAAGAAGCUACCAGCAUCUGUUGUGAAGCCUGUGCCUAUCAAACAUGACCCAGAAGUUGAGAAACAAUUGUUGAUUGUACUGUGUGAUCUUGGUGUUGAUACACCAUGUACUUCAGAUUAUGUUUGUGAAAUGACAUCAAAAGCUCUUGGCAGAAGUGCCAAUAUAGAUUUAGUUGAGAAUCUCCUUCAGAAAUUUGCUGCUCAGCAAAUGAUUGUGGUUGUAAAAGAUGAAAGCAUAGCAUCAAGAAAAGGCCAUCUUACUGUUCAGUCAGUGGAUUUGUCUAAGCUGUCGGCAGUUGCAGACCAGACAGGAGCUAAAAGAAAGAGAGAUGAAAAUGCUGAGGAUGAGGCCAGUCAACCAACUGCCAAACAAAGUAAACAAACAUCAAAACAAGAUUCUAGCUUUAGUGUGGAGAGUUUAUUAUCAGUGCAGACAGCUAAAGAAAGAGAGAGUAAGAAGAUGACAGAAGAGAUAAUGCAGAUAUUGAGUGCCCCAACAACUAAAGAGAAAAGUCUGAUGGAGAGGUUUAAAUCACAAGGAGGUGCACAGUUACAGGAAUUCUGUCAGUUUGGGACAAAGGAAGAAUGUCUAAAACUUAAUCAGGCUUCACAACCUUGUACAAAACUUCAUUUCAGGAAAAUUAUUCAUAAGCAUACAGAUGAAUCUCUGGGUGAUUGUUCAUUUUUGAACACAUGCUUUCAUAUGGAUACGUGUAAGUAUGUACAUUACAAAGUAGAUUUUCCUGAAGAUUCUCAGAAGUCACAAAAUUUAAGGAAAGAAGCAAACAUGGCCCUGGCAAUGUCUUCAGAUUCCAAUGAGCAAGUGAACAUGUUUCCACCACAGUGGAUACAGUGUGAUAUUAGGUACCUGGACAUGCAGGUGUUGGGUAAAUGUGCUGUAAUCAUGGCUGAUCCACCAUGGGAUAUUCACAUGGAGUUACCGUAUGGUACCAUGCAGGAUGACGAGAUGAGGAAGAUGCCUGUACCAUUAAUGCAAGAUGAUGGAUAUAUCUUCCUGUGGGUCACUGGCAGAGCUAUGGAGUUAGGGCGAGAGUGCUUGGAACUAUGGGGAUAUAAAAGAAUAGAUGAGAUCAUAUGGGUGAAGACAAAUCAGUUACAGAGAAUUAUACGUACAGGAAGAACUGGUCACUGGUUAAAUCAUGGCAAAGAGCACUGUCUUGUUGGAGUGAAAGGGAAUCCAAAAGGAGUUAACAAAGGUCUUGACUGUGAUGUUAUUGUAGCUGAGGUGCGGGCAACAAGUCAUAAGCCUGAUGAGAUAUAUGGUAUUAUUGAAAGAUUAUCCCCAGGCACUAGGAAGGUAGAGCUGUUUGGAAGACCUCAUAAUGUCCAACCCAACUGGAUUACACUUGGCAAUCAAUUAGAAGGGGUUCGGCUCGUUGAUCCAGAAAUUGUUAAACGUUUUAAGGAAAAAUAUCCAGAUGGAAACUGUAUGGGACCACCUAAAGAAAGUCCAGCAGAUCGUGACCCUAGAGAUAGAGAUCCACGUGACUUGAAAAGAUAGUGGAGUGUUACUGUAUAAUUUCUGGAAAAAAAUCUUUCUUGAUGUUUAAAAGCUUGAUCAUGUGAUCAGUGUGAAUAGAUGCUUGAUCAUGUGAUCAGUGUGAAUAGAUGCUUGAUCAUGUUAUCAGUGCAAAUAGAUGCUUGAUCAUGUGAUCUAUUCAUGAAAUGUUUGAGUCCAUGUGUGGUCAGAGGCAUGAAUUACAUGUAAUAAAUGGUGACAGUAAAUUUAAGGUCCAUGUGCUCAAAAAUUACUAUGUAUCGGAUGUUUUAUGUAUAAAAAUAUUGUUAACUAGCUUGUUAAAGGCAAGUUUAU